CCAUCACCAUUUCCUUCAUACAUGGUGUUUUGCGUGUGGUACAAAAAGCUACACUUUGGUCUCAUGUGACCAGAUCACAUUUUUUUUGCAGGGUUAUGAAAACUGUAAAUGGCUUACAACAUUUUUUUUUAAAUAAUGACUUGGAUUGAAUAAUGGAUUCCUUUUUGCAACUCUCUUGUAAAGGACCAACUUGUCCAGACAUUCUGCAGACGGUUAAAACCAAAGUGUUUUUUUUUUUCAAACCGAUGGAGCAUUUAGAAAAGAAAAGAUCAUUCUCUAAUCAAAACAUGUUGGUUGUAGCUUGAUGAUGGUCUGGGAAUCCAAUUUCGCCUUUACCAAAAUAUCCUGAAGCAGAAUAUCCAGCCAGUAGUUUGUGACCUUAAGCUUGAACAUUCAUGGGUUAUGCAGACAGACGUUCAUCACUGAACGGCUUGAACAAAGUGAAUGAAGGUGAGGCGUUUUCUAGUCAAAGUACUGACUUAAAUUUGACUGUGACCUUAGCAGAUCAUUAAUGCUCAAAAAUCCUCCAAUAUGGCUGAGCUAUCUAUUCCUCCCACGAUUUAUGAUAUGUUGUUUCAAAUGCUUCAUGGCAUUGAAGUUGCAAAGCCAGUUAUAUCAGGAUUGGAAGGCUAUCAGUUUGCACAUAUGUAAGAAAAGGUUCAGUAACUUUUACCCACUUAAUAAAUGAAGUAAUUGGAAAGCUAAAGUUUGCAAUUUCUAAAGUAACCAUUUUCUGUUAUUAAAAUAUGCUUGGUGAUCUGAAACAUUUAGUUGUGGCAGAAAAGGAAAAAAAGAAGAAAAGAGUACACCUUAUUUUAUAAGAAUUGUUAGUAAUUCAAUUUAAGAAAAUUUUGCAUUUGCAUUUAAAUUUUUCUAAAAUGUUUUAGUUUUUAUUGUUACAGUUGUACAUUUCCCAACUUGUUCUCUGUUGAAAGCGUUAAACGACGCCAUCUGGUGGUUAAGUAUAUACAAUUACAUAAUGGUCACGUCGUGCUUCUGCAGCGUAAUCCAAUCAUUUCGAGCUGAAACAUCUAUUCAUGCAUCCCCAAAGUAACUCAAACAUAUUUUUUUUGUUAAUAUAGCAAUACUAAAGAGAAUAAAUACAAUAAUUUAUAUGAUGUAACUCAUGAUUGUAACAUAUUUUUUGUUCAAAUACAUAUGAAGCUGCAUUAACCUCUUAACAGUCACAUAAAAAAGUGCAGUCAUGAGGACACACGCGCAUCUUCAUGAUGCUGAAGAGCAUGUUCUCUACAGCUUCAGAUAAAGAAGGAAAAUCUACUUUUCUAUUCAUAGCAUCUGGGAUAUAAACCUCUCCCCACUCUAUUUAAUCUGUGUUGUAGUCGGCCCCAAACAACAAAAAGUCUGUUGAAAAGUCUAAUUUUUCCCUCCUACAUCUUUUUGCAUUAUGUUAGUUUAGUUAGCAUGCACAGCUCUAAUACACAAUGCAACAAAAAGUAUAAGUAGAAUCUCAAGUGCUUCUGUGGUAAACAGGUUACCCUUACAACUGCUCCGCCUAUCGUUUCAUUCCUAAGAAAACAAGGUCAGGUAUUCAAAGGACUUGUUUUUUAGAAAAGGAAACAACCUGAACACACUGUAUAGUAUUGUUUUCUCCUUUAAAGGUGUGGGCGGAGAGUAGAGUGCAGAGUUAAGUUUCACUGACACCUCCCUUUCUAGACUCACAAACUGCAGAUCAGCCGUGUUGCAGUCCUGAGAGGUGCUCUCGGUUGGGAUCUUAGUGCGUAUAUUGUUGUCUUUUUCCGACUCUUGUGGAUGUGGCUGCCAUCAAUGACGAACCAAAGUAGGACACUCUGGGAAACUUGUACGAUAGGUCUAUUCCUUUCCCAAACCUCUCUGACCACUGAAAAGGAUAUAAGCCACUUGGACUUCUCUUUCCCUCGUAUGUCUGUGAAUUUUCAUACAACAAAUAAGAAUUUUCAUCAAGUGCAGAGAUGGCAAAGUUGCACAAACUCUAUGUAGUACUACUAACAGCUCUAGCACUGUGGAAACGUUGUCUGGCAGAAUGGAACGCCACCGAUGGGUCCUCCAACCAAACCACAUCUGUAUGUCGAGACAACUGCACAGCAGAAAAAGACACAGAACAAUCGAAUGGUCACUACUCAGAAUGUCCUAAGGAGCUGCUUCAUUACUGUAUCCAUGGAGAGUGUCGUUACAUUAAGGAACAAAAGGCACCAUCCUGCAGGUGUCACAACAAUUACAACGGCGCCAGGUGUGAAUAUGUGACGUUGGACUGGCAAAUAGGUGGCAGAGGACAAAUCAUAAUAGGCUGCGCCAUUGCAGUGCUUCUGCUCUUGAUGAUCCUCGUUAUUUCCAUCUGCGUCUGUUCACAUUGCAGGUGCAGAAUGUGGGGACAGAACAGAAGACAGACGGAGCGUAGAAACGGAACAGAGAAACGCAGCAUGCUGAGUCCACCAGAGUCAACAGAACUGACACGUAUCGACUCAGUUUGAAGACCCUGUCAGGGAUGCCUUUAGGCAUCACAUGUUUACACACAGGGCCGCUUCUGGCCGCAGGCUCACAGUAAAUGCAGGAGGCCUCAGCAUCGGUCCCUGGUCAGCAUCGAGGCCGAUGAGUAACACCGCUUCACAGGAAAAUAUGUCAACCUGUGACAGAAGCUCAGAAGAUUUCUUUUGUCCUGGUGACCUGCUGUGUUUGGAACAUUAAACAAGCUUAUGGGAGCAAAAAACAAGAGGAAGAUGCCCUCCUGGAUUUAUGAUAAAUAUGAAUUUGGGAAGAGUGUUCAGCUGCCUGGGUGCUGGAAAGGAUGCUUUUGUUUUAAAAGUUGUGGAGCAACAGACAUGGCCUUUUGCCGAGUGCUGCUGAUCACGCAGCACUAAAUAAAUUGUUGCUAUGUUGGAAAAAGCUCCGAGGCGAGUUGGCAGCCAAUGACAACACUCCGUCAGGUCGGCUUGGAACCGGCAUCUGCAGGAGACGCAUCAACACUGUGAGAUGAGAGGAAAGCAACUGUCCUUUUAGGGAAACUGAGCUACAGAGAUCAACCUUUAUACAGAUUGUAACACAACCACAGCAGCAGGCUUGUUUAUUGCUUGACUAGCUUUUAUGUGCCACAUAAUGAUCAGUUAUCACUUUCAACUUAUCACUACAGAGCCAUGUCUCCACGUAUGCUCGCAGACGAUAUUGUUACUCAUGUUCAUGACCAGUUCAAGGAGAGGCCCAUUAAGGUUGGAGCUACAUUAGCCACACGGUUCAAAAAGGACAAGCAGAUCUUGUGCUGGAAGUCUUUUUUUAUCUGUUGGGGUUUUUAUAUUUGGAGUCGAGGAGCAUGCAGACUACAGAACAGAACAGCUGAGUCUGUGUGCAAGGCCUGACAGUGCUGCUCUGUUUCACAGCUGCCAAACCUUCACUGAGAUUUCAGAAUGUAACUAUGUAGACAUAAACUCGGAGUCAGGUAAAUCUGCCUCUGUCAUUUACAUCACUUAUCAAUAAACAUGCUGUUGUUUACUUUA